AUGGCUACCGUCAAGCUCAACACCGGCGUCGAGAUGCCACAGGUUGGCUUCGGCCUGUGGAAGGUUGCAAACGCAACCUGUGCCGAUACAGUCUACAACGCCAUCAAGGUCGGGUACCGACUGUUCGAUGGCGCGUGUGAUUACGGCAACGAGAAGGAAUGCGGCGAGGGUGUGGCCCGUGCUAUCAAGGACGGCCUGGUCAAGCGCGAGGAGCUCUUCAUCGUCUCCAAGCUCUGGAACUCCUUCCACGACGGCGACAAGGUCGAGCCCAUCUGCCGCAAGCAGCUGGCCGACUGGGGCGUCGACUACUUCGACCUCUACAUUGUCCACUUCCCCGUCGCCCUCAAGUACGUCGAUCCCGCGGUCCGAUACCCACCCGGCUGGGCCUUUGACGGCAAGGACGACGUGCAGCUGUCCUCGGCCAGCAUCCAGGAGACCUGGACCGCCAUGGAGGGGGUGUACAACAAGGGGUUAGCAAAGAGCAUUGGCAUUUCCAACUUCCAGGGCGCCUUGAUCCUGGAUCUCUUGAGAUAUGCCAAGGUCCGCCCCGCGACGCUGCAGAUCGAGCACCACCCAUACCUCGUGCAACCCACGCUCCUCGCCCUCGCCAAAGAGCAAGGCAUGGCCGUCACUGCAUACUCGUCUUUCGGUCCCCAGUCGUUCAUUGAGCUCGGCUGGGACAAGGCCAAGGAAGCUCCCGUCCUCUUCGAGCACCCGGUCAUAACCACGAUUGCCGAGAAGGUGAAGAAGACCCCCGCCCAAGUCCUGCUCAGAUGGGCCACGCAGAGAGGGCUGUGCGUGAUCCCGAAGAGUAAUGACCCGACGAGACUGCUGCAGAACCUGGAGGUAACGCAGUUCGAUCUGGCGAAGGAGGAUUUGGAUGCUAUCUCGGGGCUCGACCGGCAUCUGCGCUUCAACAACCCUACCGACUACCUGGGGACGUUGCAUAUCUUCGCUUAG